AUGUUAGGCUUAGCUAAGAGAAUCGGCGCUCGUUUUUUGCUCACAAGCACAAGUGAGGUGUAUGGAGAUCCCUUGGAGCAUCCACAAUCCGAGACUUAUUGGGGCAAUGUAAAUCCGAUCGGUGUUCGUAGUUGUUAUGACGAGGGAAAGCGAACGGCCGAGACCCUGACCAUGGAUUACCACAGAGGACUUAACCUUGAGGUACGGAUUGCUAGAAUAUUCAACACCUACGGACCAAGGAUGUGCAUUGAUGACGGGCGUGUCGUCAGCAAUUUUGUGGCUCAGGCCUUAAGGAAGGAGCCAUUGACUGUUUAUGGUGAUGGGAAGCAAACUAGGAGCUUCCAAUACGUUUCCGAUCUGGUCGAAGGUUUAAUGCGGUUAAUGGAAGGCGACCAUGUGGGCCCCUUCAAUCUUGGGAACCCUGGAGAAUUUACCAUGCUUGAACUUGCCCAGGUAGUGCAAGACACGAUAGAUCCGAACGCAGUUAUAGAGUUCAGACCAAACACCGAAGACGACCCUCACAAGAGGAAACCAGACAUUUCAAAGGCUAAGAAGCUUCUCGGGUGGCAGCCGACUGUGUCGUUGAGGGAAGGGCUCCCAAAGAUGGUCACCGAUUUCAGACAACGUAUUUUUGGUGGCCAAAACGAUCAGAUGGGUGCAUCAAGUGAAUAA